AUGUCUCCUGUUACUUGCUCCUUCAAACACCCAUGUUAAGUUCCAUUUUAAAUGAUUUUAGACUUUGAUUGGUUUCCAUUUCAAUCUCUGUCGACGCACUAGAAGCGUCCAUUUCCUUUGGACGAAGACAAAAACAAUCCUAUCCUAACAGCUUUUUUAAGUUUUGACGUCAACACAAUGGGGAAAGGGAUCCUGCUUGUAUACGCAACGAUUAGGCAGGUUCUGUGCGUAUGAUAGAAUGGAAAGCAUCCCGAUUAACCAAUUUGACCCAUUUGGUCCUACCCACCACCCAUGAAUGAAAGACUCUCAACUUCAGCUCUCUCUACCUGCUAAGCUAUAACCAACUGGUGCAGAUUUUUAUGGCGGCUUUACUUGUUUUGAUCCCUUUGUCCGAACGUUCCAUUUUCUUUACGUCGCGUAAGCGUUUGCUGCUCGUUGAAAGUUGACACUUUUGUUUGAACAAAACCAUUUUUGCUUCUUUAUUUCUUGUUUAUGAUUCUCUCUCCCUUCUGUUUGCUUGCCGAGAAAAUUGAGAGAAGAAUGAACACUUCUUUCCCAUAUGGUUAUUAUGUGAUCUCUCUGCUUUUCUGUUCCUGUUUCUUGGUGAAAAUUUCCUUGUCUGAUCCAAGAGCUACGGAGGCAGGUCGGAUGUGCUCAAACAGAACAGCCCCGAUGCAAGAGAGGCAAAUCUUCGUAGCAAAUUUCUUAGCUACAAUGGACGCAGUGACUCCUUUGAUUGCGAGGCUACAGUACGGAGCUGUUAUCAACGGGACAGGUAACAAUACAGUAUAUACCUUUGGUGAGUGCAUGAAAGAUCUUGAUCAAACAGAUUGCAAUCUCUGUUUCGCCCAGUGCAAGACUCAGGUUUUGAGGUGCCUCCCUUUCCAAAGAGGCACUCGUGGGGGCAGACUUUUCUACGAUGGGUGCUAUUUAAGGUACGAUGAUUAUAAUUUCUUUAACGAGACGCUGAGUUCACAGGACGAAACAGCAUGUGCAGAUGGGGAUUUUUCUGGCGGAAAUAAGACUGUUUUCAGCGCUAAUGCUAUGGAGUUGGUGAGGAAUUUGAGUGUGCAAGCCGUCAGAAAUGAUGGGUUUUUUGUGGGGUCUGUGAAUAGAAAUAAUGUUUCUGUUUAUGGAUUGGCUCAGUGUUGGGAGUUGGUGAAUGGGAGUGCUUGCGAGACUUGUCUGGCAAAUGCUGUAUCUAAGAUUGCCAAUUGUACUCCGAAGGAAGAAGGAAGGGUUUUGAAUGCUGGUUGUUACUUGAGAUACUCCAUUCAGAAAUUCUACAACAAUUCAGGGGCCCCUUCAGAAAGUGGAGGAAGCAGCCACUUAGCGGUUAUACUGGCUGUUACAUCAUCCACUGUGGCUGUGGUAUUGUUUGUUACAACGGCUGUUUUCUUCAUGAAGAAGAGAAUUGCAGAAAAGAGGAGACAAAGGAAAGAACUUGGUGCUCUAUUAACCACAGUGAAUAAUUCCAAGCUCAAUUUCUCAUAUGAAUCUCUUGAGAAAGCCACAAAUUACUUUCACCUUUCCAAUAAGCUGGGACAAGGAGGAUCCGGUUCAGUUUACAAGGGGGUAUUGCCUGAUGGAAAAGUUGUUGCUAUAAAGAGGCUUUUAUUCAACACAAGGCAAUGGGUAGAUCAUUUCUUCAAUGAAGUCAAUUUGAUUAGCGACAUUGAGCACAAGAACCUUGUGAAGUUGCUGGGAUGCAGCAUCACAGGACCAGAAAGCCUUCUUGUUUAUGAAUACGUACCGAAUCAAAGUCUUCAUGAUUAUCUCUUUGCUAGAAAUAAUGUUCAGCUUCAACCACUGACAUUGGAGAUGAGGUAUAACAUCAUAUUGGGCACAGCAGAGGGCUUGGCCUAUCUUCAUGAGGAAUCUGAGCUAAGAAUAAUACAUAGAGACAUAAAAUUAAGCAAUAUUCUGCUUGAUGAGGACUUCACACCAAAGAUUGCUGACUUUGGACUAGCAAGAUUAUUUCCACAAGAUAAGACUCAUAUUACCACUGCAAUUGCUGGCACAUUAGGUUAUAUGGCUCCAGAAUAUGUUGUUCGUGGCAAAUUGACUGAGAAGGCUGAUGUUUACAGUUUUGGAGUUCUUGUCAUAGAAAUUGUUGGUGGAAAGAGGAACAAUGCUUUCGUUCAAGAUUCAUGUUCUAUCCUGCAAAUGGUUUGGAACCUUCAUGGAACUGGUAGACUGUGUGAAGCUGUUGAUCCAAUCUUAGACGGUAAUUUUCAAGAGGAGGAAGCAUCUCGAUUGCUUCAAAUAGGCCUACUUUGUGUGCAGGCUUCUGCAGAACAGCGUCCAGCAAUGUCAGUUGUUGUUAAAAUGCUUACCAAUAACCAUGAAAUUCCUCAGCCAACACAACCACCACCAUUUCUCAAUCCUAGUAAUAGUUCAGAAAUCAGCCCACAUUCUAGACCUGUCAUUUCAAGUUCUCAGGCUGAGUCUUACACCCAGUCUUCAGGUAACAGCAUGACACAAAGCUGGAUUGAGCCCAGAUGAACCUGUUGCACUGACUUGCUAGCAUUCUGUUUCCAGCUUGUUCCUUAUUCAGUUGAAGAGGCUUUUUUCACUUGAAAAAGUUCACAUUCCAAGAUGAGCUGGUUCAAUUUUCUAUCUGACUCGAUCAGCCAUUAUAUUAUAACAAUCCUUUGUUAAUAUUACAGUGAUAUAUAAAAGCAUAACAACCUCCACUAUUCCUGAUAUAAAUUCUUGAUUCUUUUAAUAAAUAUAAACGGUGAUGAUUCUUGUAAUGUGAUGGAGCUAAUGUUUCUUGUAAAUGUGCUCCAUAUUCUUUAAUCUCCACAAUGUAUUUUGAUUCAAAAGAGCGAGCAAUUGAAUGCAAACUCUCAAGAUGUUGCUCUCUGGCAUUUUUUAACCA